UAAUCCAAGAGAUCAGAUAAAGCUACUUUGACAGCACGAGGAAUCUUCAGUGGAACGAAUAGCCACAUGUGCAAAACAAAAAACUAUUUUAUAAGAAGAUAAUUUAUACAGAGAAUGGUUUUGAUGAUUAAAGUGAAAAGAGGACAAUGAUUUUAUAAAUGAUAGUAUAAAGGAAAACAUUUUGUUGUUCAAGAGAAGGUGAAACAGUUUUCAGAACUUUAGCUUCAGUUUGUUCUAAUUUUCGAGAAGUAUUCCAACAUAUGUAAGAUGUUUGCCAGAAGCAGAAUCGUGCUUAGCUGCACGAAUAUUACAACAAAAUACUAUGUAUUUCCAUUAAUAAGUAAUUUACAAAAAUUUUUAAUAAAGGAUCAGUCUUCAGUCUCAAUAGCUUCUGUACACAAUCUAGUGGUUGGUAAAUCAGCAUCAUUGAUAAAGGAACCAGUUUUGCCUGCCAACAGAUAUGUCUUAAGAACGCAUACAUGUGGUGAACUGACACUUAAGAAUGUUGGAGAAGAAGUGAGAUUAAGUGGCUGGAUGGAAUUUCAGAGAAUGAAAAAGUUUGUAACAUUAAGAGACUCGUAUGGAUCAACACAGUUGCUUAUACCAGAAGAUAGAAAGGAUUUGGCAGAAAUUAUACAGAAUUUAUCUUUCGAAAGUGUCUUAAGCAUAGUAGGCAAAGUCGUAUCAAGACCUGAAGGCCAGCAGAAUAAGAAAAUGAAAACGGGCGAUAUAGAAGUGUAUGUAGAAUCUCUGAAGGUUCUAAACGUAGCAUCGCAAAAUCUUCCACUGUUCAUUAGAGAGUAUAACAAAGCCAAGGAGAGUCAGCAAAUGAAAUACAGAUAUCUAUCGUUAAGAUACCCCGAACUGCAAAAAAAUUUAAGAUUACGUUCUUCCUUCAUUAUGAAGAUAAGAGAAUUCCUGAUAAAUGAAUGUAGCUUUGUGGACAUCGAGACGCCCACGCUGUUUAAAAGUACACCAGGGGGCGCGCAAGAAUUUAUAGUGCCCACGAGACAACCGGGUAAUUUCUAUUCAUUGGUACAAAGUCCUCAACAGUUUAAACAGCUUCUCAUGAUUGGCAGCUUUGAUAAGUACUUUCAAAUCGCUCGAUGUUACAGAGACGAAGGCGCUAGGCAUGAUAGACAGCCAGAGUUUACGCAAUUAGAUAUUGAAAUGUCGUUCGUUGAUCGAGACGGAGUAAUGAGUUUAAUUGAAAAUUUAUUAAUGUACUCAUGGCCAGAAGAAUUAGGCUCCAUAAAAGUGCCUUUCAAACUCAUGAUGUAUGAAGACGCAAUGGAAUUGUAUGGUAGUGAACAACCGGAUUUGAGGAUACCGUAUCAAAUACAAGAUCUCACACAUAUGUUUGAUCUACCAAUAUUAAAGGAAGCUGUGAAACCUAAAGAUGGUGAACAGAAAGUGUACGCGUUAGUUUUUUCAAAAAAAUCGAAAUACUUAACAAAAUCUGUCAGAGAGGAACUCUCGAAGAUUCGUAGUGAUUAUUUCCAUACUACGAGACUAGUUCAAUUAAAAAUUGAAAGCAAUUCGUGGAGAGCACAGUUAGAUAAAUUUAAAUCGAAAUCUGCUACUAUAGCGGAAGAUGUAUCACAGUAUUGCAAGUUGGAGGAAGGGGAUGUACUAUUAUUAGCAAUUGGACAUCGAAUGGAUGCAUUAAAACUCUUAGGAAAGCUACGUAUCGAAUUUACAAAUAUAUUAGAAGCAAAAGGUGAACAGAUACGUUCGUCCGAAACUGAACUUUUAUGGAUCACGGACUUUCCGUUGUUCACAUUCGAAGAAUGUACACUGCAAUCAACGCAUCAUCCAUUUACGCAACCGCAUCCAGAUGACAUGGAAUACCUCACAACUGAUCCUCUAAAGGUGAGAGGUUUACAUUACGAUCUGGUUAUGAACGGAACGGAAAUAGCGGGUGGUUCCAUUCGAAUCCAUGACGCAAACUUGCAGCGAGAAGUAUUGAGGAUGUUAAACAUAGAUGAAACAAAAUUAUCGCACAUGCUCGAAGCAUUGACUUACGGAGCCCCACCUCAUGGUGGAAUAGCCAUAGGAUUGGAUCGACUCGUUUGUUUACUUUGUAAUGCAAAAAGUAUAAGGAGCGUUAUAGCUUUUCCAAAAACGAUGGAAGGACGAGAUCUAAUGUCCGGAGCACCUGAUGUCAUUUCAGACGAGUUGAAGACUUUGUAUCAUAUACAAACGGUGAAAAAAGUGUCGUAAAAUUUUCUUUUUUAUAACAGGUUUGUAUUAUGUGUAUAUAUAUAUAUA